GCUCUGCCCCGCCCCUGCCUCCGCCUCCCUCCUAGCAUCUCCCAGCCCCGAGGUGCAGCAGCAUCCAUGGCCCUGCUCCCGGGGUGACCCUGCCUCCUCCGGCCUCCGCAGCCCAGAGCCCACCUCGGCGGCGGCGUGGCCCGCAGCCCGCCAGGACCUGGAAGCCUGCCCUCCUGCACUGCUUCAGACUCCUCGGAAACUAAGGAAUGCGAUUCCGCCACCAUGAUGGAAGGGUGAUGGACUUCACACAGCUCCAUUGCUGCACCUUUGUAUGACUUGCACACAGUGGGCUGUUUACACCAAUGUCGCCACAAACGCACGAGUGAUGGACUGCACUAUGAUAUUGCCAUGGCUACGGCGUCACUGGGAGACAGGCAUCAUCCACCUCCAAUCAUGCGACACCACGCGGUCUGCCAUCGCUGUACAUGUGCUGAUGCAGCACAGGAUGGUCACUCCGCAGAGGCCUGGAUUGAAAAAACGUACAAGGAAGGCCUUUGGAAUACGGAAGAAAGAGAAGGACACUGAUUCCACAGGUUCUCCAGAUCGAGAUGGAAUUCAGCCCAGCCCACACGAGCCACCCUACAGUAACAGAGCAGAGUGUGUGCGUGAAGGAGGAAAGAAGGUUUCGAAGAAAAGCAAUGGAGCACCAAAUGGAUUUUAUGCAGAAAUUGAUUGGGAAAGAUAUAACUCACCUGAACUGGAUGAAGAAGGCUACAGCAUCAGACCCGAGGAACCCGGCUCUACCAAAGGAAAGCACUUUUACUCCUCCAGUGAAUCAGAAGAGGAAGAAGAAUCACACAGGAAGUUCAAUAUCAAGAUCAAGCCAUUGCAAUCAAAAGACAUUCUUAAGAAUGCUGCCACUGUCGAUGAGCUGAAAGCAUCAAUAGGGAACAUCGCGCUGUCCCCAUCACCCGUGAGGAAAAGUCCGAGGCGCAGCCCGGGUGCAAUUAAAAGGAACUUAUCCAGUGAAGAAGUGGCGAGACCCAGGCGUUCCACACCAACUCCAGAACUCAUAAGCAAAAAGCCCCCGGAUGACACUGCGGCCCUCGCGCCCCUCUUUGGGCCCCCACUAGAAUCGGCUUUCGAUGAGCAGAAGACAGAAGUUCUUUUAGAUCAGCCUGAAAUAUGGGGUCCGGGCCAACCAAUUAAUCCAAGCCUGGAGUCACCGAAGCUAACAAGGCCUUUUCCCACUGGAACACCUCCACCACUGCCUCCAAAACAUGUCCCAGCCACCCCACCUCGGACAGGCUCCCCCUUAACAGUUGGACCAGGAAGUGACCAGUCAGCCACAGAGGCCAAAGUUGAAAAACUUCCGUCCAUCAAUGACUUGGACAGCAUUUUUGGCCCAGUGCUGUCCCCCAGGUCCGUUGCUGUUAACACUGAAGAAAAGUGGGUGCAGUUUUCUGACACGCUCCUGGAACACGUUACUCCAGAGUUGGCUUCAAGGGAAAAGGUGGCGUCCCCAAGGGCGGCAUCAGACGACCCAGCCGACUCCCCACCGCCAGGCUCUCCUGGCCCCCUGGGACCCUCGGGUCCCCCAGGGCCUGCUGGUCGUCCUCGUCAUGUACCAUCUCCACUCAAUUUAGAAGAAGUGCAGAAGAAAGUGGCUGAGCAGAGCUUCAUCAAGGAUGAUUACUUAGAAACAAUCUCAUCCGCGAAGGACUGGGGGUUGGGACAGAGAGCAACUCCGCCCACCCCCCCACCUCCCACCUACAGGACUGUGGUCUCGUCCCCUGGACCUGGCUCGGGCAGUGGUACCGGGACCGCCAGCGGUGCGUCAUCGCCUGCUCGGCCAGCCACUCCCUUGGUCCCUUGCAGCGGCAGCAGCACUCCACCGCCCCCUCCUCCCCGCCCUCCAUCAAGACCAAAGCUGCCUCCAGGGAAGCCUGGAGUCGGAGAUGUGUCCAGGCCCUUUAGCCCUCCCGUACACUCUUCCAGCCCUCCUCCGAUAGCACCCUUAGCCCGCGCAGAAAGCACUUCUUCAAUCUCAUCCACCAAUUCCCUGAGCGCAGCCACCACUCCCACCGUCGUGUCAGAAGAUGAUGUUUUUUAUGACAAACUCCCCUCGUUUGAAAGGCGCUGUGACACGCCUGCAGAGAAUGAACAGCCUUCCCUCGUUUGGUUUGACAGAGGAAAGUUUUAUUUGACUUUUGAAGGUUCUUCCCGGGGACCCAGCCCCCUAACCAUGGGGGCCCAGGACACCCUCCCCGUGGCAGCGGCUUUCACGGAAACCGUCAACGCCUACUUCAAAGCUGCGGACCCCACCAAGUGUAUCGUGAAGAUUACCGGAGAGAUGGUGUUGUCUUUUCCUGCCGGCAUCACCAGACACUUUGCCAACAACCCGUCCCCAGCGGCUCUGACCUUCCGGGUGAUAAAUUUCAGCAGGUUAGAACACGUCCUGCCAAAUCCCCAACUGCUCUGCUGUGAUAACACUCAAAAUGAUGCCAAUACCAAGGAAUUCUGGGUAAACAUGCCAAAUUUGAUGACUCACCUCAAAAAGGUGUCUGAACAAAAACCCCAAGCUACCUAUUAUAAUGUGGACAUGCUCAAAUACCAGGUGUCAGCCCAGGGCAUUCAGUCCACACCCCUGAACCUGGCGGUGAACUGGCGGUGUGAACCAGCCAGCACCGACCUGCGCAUCGACUACAAGUACAACUCGGACGCCAUGGCCACCGCAGUGGCCCUCAACAACGUGCAGUUCCUGGUCCCUGUGGAUGGCGGUGUGACCAAGCUCCAGGCCGUGCUCCCGCCAGCCGUCUGGAAUGCUGAACAACAAAGAAUAUUGUGGAAGAUCCCUGAUAUCUCUCAGAAGUCAGAAAACGGAGGGGUGGGUUCUCUAUUGGCAAGAUUUCAGUUAUCUGAAGGUCCGAGCAAACCUUCCCCGCUGGUUGUCCAGUUCACAAGUGAAGGAACCACUCUUUCUGGCUGUGACAUUGAACUUGUCGGAGCAGGGUAUCGAUUUUCACUCAUCAAGAAGAGGUUUGCUGCAGGAAAGUACUUGGCAGAUAACUAAUAAAAUCUUUUUGCAAGGAUUUGGAGGAGUCAUAUAAGGCAGAGCUGCUGUGUGAGAAACAGGUUUUGACUCUGGUUUGAUGAGAACAAACUCAGGUCUGCACCCGGGAGGGAUCCACGGGCAGUCCUGACAGGCCGCACUGCCCUUGAACCUGCGUGAUGCCGCAGUCCUCCAGUAUUUACUUUUAGGUGUAACAUUGUUAAUGGUUUUAAAAUGUAAUUAUUGUAUUUGUAAAUUGUACUCAUCCCAGUAAGGCAGUUAAACACUUGAGUUUUAGCAUUUUACCAUUCCUGAAACAGAUGUAAUUUAAACCGUGGUAUGUAAAUUUAAUAGUAGUACUGUCAGAACGGCACAGUGCUUCCAGAGGUACAUUGCAUUUUGUCAAUACGUAAAAUUUAAAUAUAAUGUUGAUAGCUGUCAGAAGGGGGUGCCACAUAUAAAAAAGCUUAAAUGGAACCAGGAAGAAAAAAACUGCUUUUCUUCAGUCCUUAGUAUGUUUUACUCUAGUGCUAAAGAAAAAUUCUAUCUUCGAAUGUUUAGUGGGCUAAGUUCAGAAACUAUUUCAGAAAAAAAAAUUCUAAGGUUACAGCAUAUUCAGAGAAGCAUUAAUUACCACUUUUUAAACAGCUUUUUUUUCAAACUGCAAAUUUCAUAAAAAUGCAAACUGUGUAAACAGGGCCUCUUAUUUUUGUAACUUAUGUAAAAAAGUGAAAGCAAUUCAUAUUUAAAGUUUAAGUAUAUUAAAUUAUAAUCAAGAGUAAAGAAGAUGUUGAAGUCUUAACUACUUCCCCCUCUCUCUACAGUUUAGCAUAUGUGGAGAUUGCUGAAUAACCAGUCAGACCAAAAUCAAAAUUGUGAUUUUUAAGUUUCCGAGUUUUUCCAUAAUUGAACUGGUUAACAAGUUUUGCACAAUUAUUCUGAACAGACGGUCUCUCCCUCCUGCAUGGGACAAAGAUACCUCAAGUCUUCCUCUUCACCCACAGAAAUAAAAACAUCAAGAAUGAGAAUCUUAGGGGAAAAAAUACUUUUUAGUUUCCUGUUUUGAUCCAGAAGGAGAAUUUUAAUUGUCAACAUGUAUAUCAAUUAGGAAGGAACAAAUGUGGUUUAAAAUUGAAAUUCUAUUCACAUUAUUGUGCAAUAAAUUUCCUGUUGGAUAAUUAAGAUUCACUGUAUAAAAUGCAAAUCUCUUGUCAUUCUUGGGGAAUGAAGAGAAGAGUUAUCCAAGUCAUUUUACUGUUGCAAAAUAAAAUAAGAACUGCAAUUCUUCAGCCUGGCCCCACAAUGCGGGGUUACAGAGACAACAGCUCCACCUGUCCCCGCUGUAAACCCUUCCCCCGUUACCAUCUGAACCCAUUCGUCUUCCUUUAAGUCACAGAGCUUGUUUUAAACAUAACCAAUUCCCAUCCUAGGUUAUACUACCAAACAACUAAAAUUAAGCUGUUAUGUUUAUCAUUUGUUGCUAAAUUUCAUCUUCUAUUCACUCAAAUGAGACAAAGAAUCUUUAGCUCCUUUAAAUUUGGGGAUCAAGUUAAAUUUUUUAAGUCUUAUUUUUAAAAUAAGAUUGUGACUGGCAGUUGUUUAUAGUGGAACUUUUUAAAUUAAUAUUUGUACUCUUUAGUCAGGGCUACCAAGAGUAUAUGCAAAAAGAUGGGUCUUACCUUCUCAGAAUUCUUAGGACUCAAACUCUCAUUGGGCUCCCAACAGGACUUUCAUGCUGAAGUUUUUUCAACAAACUAAUUAACAUAUUCAUUUUAAGUAAAGAUAUUGUAUUUGAUUUUGAAACCAAAAUAGAAAAUUGGAAAAAAAAAAAAUUUUUUUUUCAUCCUAUGAAGCCUGUGGAAAUUUAGAACACAAAAACCAAUAAAGAGUAAAUAGCAGAAAACUGAGAAUUAUCCAGCAUAUGACUAUAAACAUGUGUUUUUAAGUAAUCCGUUCAUGAAAAACAUAUUGAGUAUUAACAAAGCAUAUUAAAAAUGUGUAAAUAUUA